GUGACGAUGGUCUCGAUAUAUUGCUGGAGAACAUGUUGGAGGAGCCAUCGAGCCUGAUAUAUCGAACAUCAUGCAAGAGAGACUGGCCAAAAGGAUGUGGUCCACGGGCUAAGUUGAAGGUUAAGAAGCGCUGGGCCAAAAGACGAUGCAAAACAAAAGCGCAAAAGGCAAGCCAAUGUUGUGGGCCGUGCACUGGGAAGAAACGGGCGUGUCGUUUAGAGUUUCGAAGACGGGGAAGGCUAGAAACGGAAGAUGGCUGGAUAUGGCAUGCAGGUGACUGCAUUGGGUUGUAUGGUUGGGAUCCAUGGCCGUCGGGAGAACCAAUGGAGUCGGGCGACAAAGGGAUCGAUGAGGACCGGCUAUCGGGCGUAUGGCGUGCAUCGUGCCAUGAUGCGCGCAAGAGGUUGAAGGGUCGAGGCAUUGAACGGAGAAGCGGCGCCGAGAUGUUGGACGCAAGUGACGCGCGAUCGUGCGCAGGAGGUAGGCAAGCUGCGGGGGUCGGCGAUACGCGUGGAACCGUGGGUGUACGCGAGAGCACGGUAGGCGAUCGAGACAUGGGCGUCGAUGGUAUGCGCAAGCGGGCAGGCGAGCGUGAGAAGGAUGUGGGGGCAUCUAGCGUGGGCAGGAACCGCGCAAGUGGCGAGGACGCGCGCGAACAGGCCAGCGGUGAGGGCGCACGAACGAGAGCGCACGAUUGGGGUGCACAUGCGCAAGGCCUAAACCUUGCGGGCUUAGGAGUGCCGAGCGAUGGGGCGCACGCGCAUGAGGCAGGCAGCGGUAGCUGGGCGAGCGCGUUGGCGCGUGAUUGGGAAACAGGCGCGCGAGGCCUAGUCCGUACGGGACUAGGCGAGACCAUGGCGAC